UCCUCUUAGCCUAUUAUCAACAGGUAAAGUCAUGUUCACUCCACUGCAAACACUUCUCAUUAGAUAGUGCUUUGUUAAAUUCUUGUCUUUUUUUUGCUGUACAGAUUAAAGGGGUCAGAUACCAAUGGCAACGGUGUCGGCUACACUCUCUCCGGCAUCAUUUACCGCCGCCGCCCUGGUGGGUUCACGGCGGUCCUCCCUGAAGAGAACGACCAAUGUGAAAUACAUCAAUGGAUUGAACUCUUUUGGUGGGCUUAAAGCUCAUAACAGUACUGUACUCUCUUUAGGCCUUCCUGUUUGCACUGAACAGUGCUUUGCAAAGGUUGUUAGUUCACUGAAAUUGGCAUCGCAAGGCAAAGGAAGAAGAGGUGGUGGAGCUCUGUCUUCCACCUGUGAUGCUGUUGGUGAGAUUUUCAAGAUUGCUGCAAUCAUGAAUGGGCUUGUUCUUGUUGGGGUUGCAGUUGGGUUUGUUCUUCUUCGAAUUGAAGCAUUUGUGGAGGAAACUGAGUGAGAAAUUGUUGAAACUUUACUUGGAUUCACUUGUUUUUAAUUAAGAAUGUGUCUCUUGUUUCAAUUCUUCUUCUGAUGUAGAACUCAAUUGUUUUGGGUAUUUAAAUCAACCAGUAAAGUGGGUUUUUGUUAGAUGCUGUAUGUGACACAAAAUUUCGUUCUUUAUAUUCAUGAGAGAAGUUUAAGUGGCAUGAUUGAGUGCUAGUUAGUUAAUUAAACCGAAGCUACUUUCAUUUUUGGCACCGAUAGUGCUAAUUAUAGUUAAUUUUGGGACCUAAUUUGAGUAUCUAAUCUCUUGGUGCCGUUGGAGUAACGGGGAGGUAUAAUAUUUGAUACUGGUUCAGCGAACGGACUCUAACAUUUCACUUAUGGAAACAGAAAGAGUGUUCAGGGAUGGAAGAAGUAUAGAGACAUA